AUGCAGCCGAGGUUCUUGCUGUUGAUCUGUGCUCUACUCUGUGAACCUGCCGGAAUCCCCGUCUCUGACGUGAGCUUGGAGACUCAGCCCCCAGGGGGAUGGGUGAUGAGGGGAGAAAAACUGGUCCUCAUCUGCUCUGUUGCUAAGGGCACAGGAAACAUCACCUUCUUCUGGUAUAGAGGGUCUUUGGGUUUUAACCUGGAGACAAAAACCCAGCCUUCACUGACCGCAAAUUUUGAGGUCGUAUCAGUGACAGAGAGUGAUGCUGACCAAUACUACUGUGCAGCUGACAAUGGGUAUGGCCCGAGCCUCAGCGGACUGGUGGACAUCACUGUCAGAAUUCCAGUGUCCCGCCCUGUAUUCACCCUCAGGGCUCCCAGGGCCCAGGCUGUGGUGGGGGACGUGGUGGAGCUUCACUGUGAGGCCCUGAGGGGGUCUCCCCCAAUCCUGUACCAGUUUUAUCAUGAGGACGUCACCCUGGCAAACAUCUCAACGCCCUCUGGAGGAGGAGCAUCCUUCAACCUCUCCCUGACCGAGGAGCAUCCUGGAGACUACUCCUGUGCGGCCGACAAUGGCCAGGGUGCCCAGCGCAGUGAGGCGGUGACUCUCAAUUUCACAGCACCAGCCCCUUCCCUACAGCAGCUCACACCCAGGUCUCUCCCCUCAGUGCCUGCCGGACACAGAAGCGAGCAUCUUACUUCAGGAGUCAUCCAGGGGCUGCUGAGCAGCGUUGGGCCCAUUGCAGCAGUCCUAUUAUUUUGCUACUGGCUCAAGAGAAAAAUAGAAAGACGCUCAACCAGAGACCCACACAGGAGCCCUUCCAGUCCUGAACCCCAAGAAUGCAACUAUGUCAACUCACCAGACCCAGUACAGCUACAGCCUGUAUAUGAAAAUGUGAGUGUUGUAUGUGGGGAUGAUGUUUACUCUCUGGUCUACCAUGUCCAGCAGGAACGGGAAUUAGGGGCAGUUAAACACAUGAGGACACAGGUGGAGAAUAAGGUGAGAAGGGUCCCUCUUAUUAUUUUCCCCAUGCACAUUCCUCUGAGGACUGGUUCUCAAACUUCUUAAAUGAUAGC